AUGUUCCAGCUGUACCCGUUGCCAAUGACUGAGAUAGCGACACUCGACACUAUAGUGUUUCAGCUCCUAUCGAAGGACGUCCGGGAAGAAUACUUAAAACCGGGUGUUCGGUGGAAGUCGCAGUUUGGCACACAGAUCAUUUACUUAGGCGUUCUGGGUGGGAUUCCUCUUUCGGCGGAGAAGGACCUCACGUCUGCACCGCUCACUGAGACAGAGAUGAGGAACGCCUUUGAUGCACCGAGAUGCUCCUCCUUCGUGUCUAGAACCUUCCCGUGCCUUCACACUAUUCUGCAAUUUCUCCAUAGUAAAGUCAGUGUUGUGGAGGUAGACGUGCGGCACACGCUUCGCGUAACCUGUAAAAAGAAGUUUGGCGGCCCCGCCGUCUUCUACGAACGAAGUGCACCAACGCGCGACGCUGUCCUAAAUGAGGAGGAGUUCUCGGCAAAGGGGUACUACGACGAGCAGCGAGUCACUACCGAGGUCUUUCUUCCUCCAGCUGAUAAACGACCAAAGGCUGCCUACACGCUCUUUCGCAUCCAAGCUGUCGAUCCCACAAAAGCGUCGUGUGGGUCUCACAAAACUAUUCAAGUGUGUCGCACUCACAAAGGCAUUGAGGCGUCUAUUGAAUAUUAUAAGGGGUCUGUGGACUACGUGCGAGUUGAGGAACGUCACGUCCUAAAGCUCCUCAGCUGUGAUGCGGAGAUCCACGUUGUUAAGGUGGAGGAAUACGGUGCAAGGGUGCCAAAGAAGCUGAAGCCAGUGCGGGUGGAACUUCGAAACCCAGCGCUAUCCGAAACGGCGUCCCCAAGGCAACACAAACUCGCAUGGGCAUCCUUUUUGGCCCUCUCAGUUCGACUCAACGAAUAUCUGGAAAUCUUUUCGAUGACAAUGUAG